GAACAUCCAGCGCGUUGGAUAGACACUAACGCGUGGAAUACCUGUUCUACUUCCGGUGAGAGAUAUGAAGGCAUUACCAUUAUGGCUACCACGAGGGUUGCUUUAACUAGAACAUUCUUGAACAAAAACGUGUGUAAAGUAUGUCCGACUGAAUCAAAAGAGAAUGCCAUAAGAUUUGCCUCAUCACACAGGAACUUUUCGUCUGUACUGUCAGGCUCUCCAGUUUGUCGAUCUUUUGUUUUCUGUGAAACAAAAUCCCGACAUACACAAUGUCGAAAUUUCCAUAGCACAGGACCCACACAUAAGCAAGAUUACUACGAGGUCUUAGGGGUAUCAAAGGGGGCUUCCCAGAAGGAAAUCAAGAAAGCAUACUACCAGCUUGCCAAGAAGUACCACCCUGACACUAACAAAGGGGACAAGAGUUCUGCCAAGAAGUUCCAAGAGGUCGCUGAGGCAUAUGAGGUGUUAGGAGAUGAAAGCAAAAGAAAACAGUAUGACACGUAUGGCAUGUCCGGAGGGCCUGGAGGAGGGAGGGGGCCAGGACAAGGUUUCCAAGGAUUUGAGGGUUACCACUCCAAUGUUGACCCUGAAGACCUUUUCAGAAAGAUAUUUGAAGAUAUGGGCUAUAAGAUGGGAGGCUUUGAUGACUAUCAGGAUUUCACGUCGUCCCCAUUUGGCUUUAGGCCAGCCCAAGAGUACACUAUGAACCUAACAUUUGAAGAAGCGGCCCGUGGGGUAAACAAGGAUAUCAACGUGAACACAGUGGAGGUGUGCUCCACAUGUAAUGGUUCCAAGGCAGAACCUGGGUCAAGUCCGCGUCGCUGCCAUGUCUGCAACGGCACAGGAAUGGAAACCGUCACGACCGGUCCUUUUAUGAUGCGCUCAACAUGCAGGACGUGUCGUGGGACGCGCAUGGUCAUAGAUAAGCCAUGUUCUGCAUGCAACGGCAAAGGUUCUGUGAACAUGAGGAAGCAGGUAACAGUACCUGUUCCUGCAGGCGUAGAAGAUGGACAAACAGUACGAAUGCCAGUUGGCCAAAAAGAAAUAUUUAUCUCAUUUAGGGUCUCCAAGAGUCAAACAUUUCGCCGUGAUGGUGCUGAUGUCCACUCAGACACAUGGAUAAGUUUAUCACAAGCUGUCCUGGGGGGUACCGUGAGGAUCAGAGGGAUUUACGACAGCAUUUUGCUCUCUAUCCCUGAAAAAACAUCCUCCCACACCAAGAUCCGUUUGGCUGGCAAAGGAAUUAGUCGGCUAAAUUCCUAUGGCUAUGGAGAUCAUUAUGUUCAUAUUAAGAUUAAAGUUCCUACAAAGCUGACAGAAGAACAGAAAUCACUAAUGUUAGCCUUUGCUGAAACUGAGGAUGUUGGUGAUGGCACAAUUAACGGAGUAAUACAUGCGAAAAAAGGAAAUAAAGCAGUUAAUGACACAGAAUAUUCACACACGAGAAAAAAGACAGAAGACUUUGAGCCUGAAAAUGAAGAGAUCAAAAAUAAAUUAUGAAAAUGAGAUAUCUGAUACGGGUUUUAUAGAAACGUGUUCCAGGAUAGGAACUGCAUCUGUGAAGGAUAUUUUGGCGACAAAAAUUGAACCACAGAUGUUGAAGAAUUAGACUGGCACAUCAUUCACAAACUCCAUGGAACUGUUUGUUAAGUUAAUGGAAGGAACUUACUUAGUUAUUGUGAAGCAGCAAAAAAAUAUGGAGCACUUGCUGUCUAAUAUAUCGAAAAUUUGAAAUCAAUUAACUCUAUGUGAUGUCCAUAAAAUGUCAUAUUUAGAUAUGUCAUGAUAUCUCAUUUAAAGAAGCAAGUCGUUGUAUAGAGUAUAGAGACAAACAAUAUUCCACAAUUGAGUUACAAUGUCUGUAUUCUCCAUAUAUUGCUUAAAGGCAUUUUUGAUCAUUCUGAAUCUGUUAACCCAGUGCAG